UUUACCUUCCGAGUUUUGUGGCGCAUGCAAGGGAUUUUCCAGAGGCACAGCGACUUCGAAACAGCCGUUAAGCACCAUUAUAGGCUGGUAAAUGGUGAUUAGGAUUUGAAGAACGUAAUAUUACGAGUGGUUUUAAAAGACGCAAACUUGCAUUGGGUAUUAUCUGACGCCAUUUAAAAAAAUACACCGCUGUUGACGCGACUUCUCGAGAAUUUUGUCAAAAGUGCACGAUGUCUAAGGGGCUGGAGAAAGUGGAUACCAUAAACAAUAUAAAAAAAGCUUGCAAAUUAUUUGAUUCUUUCGGCCUUUCAACAGAAGGCUUAAAUACACUAGAUGAGAUGAAAAACAAACUUCGUCAACAUUUAAAGGGGCUGGAAGAGACUUCGUCGCGAAAGAUUGGAAAGGCCUCCACAAUUAUUUUAGAAGCAAGAGCUGAAAACGCACGGAAACGGGAAGAGCUUCUGAGUCUUUUUUCCGGAGCCAAUGAACUUCUGAGUCACUUGAAUGCGACGGAGAAAGAGUCACGCCCUUCAACACCAGAUAAGGGGAUCAUUCGAGGGACGAUGGAACAUCAUAUCUCCCAACUUGAACAGGAAAAUUUCCGUAUUCUUGUUGCAGGAGACACAGGCUCUGGAAAAAGUAGCCUUAUAAAUCUGAUUCUUGGAGAGGAGAUUCUUCCGUCUGAGUUUCUUCCAGAAAACUCAAUCAUUUGUGAAUUGAAAUACGGAAAGGAACGUAAGAUUGUGUUGCACUAUAAAGAAGUCGACUCUAGGAAACAAAGAAGAAGACAGAGCGUCAGUGGUGAGGAACUACAGGAGUUAAGGAAAUAUGUUGGGGGUGCAAAUGAGAGAAAAGGCUCAAUUUAUGAAAAGAUUGAAAUUUACUGGCCGCACAAACUUUUUGAGAAAGGGAUCACCAUUGUUGACAGUCCUGGUAUUGGUGAAGAGGAAAGCAUGGAUGAAAUGGUUACCCAGUAUCUCACUCAAGCCUUUGCAUUUGUUUAUGUCAUUGACACUUCAAACAGUGGAGGAGUUAACAAAUACAGGAUUGAAAAGUUGCUGCAAGACACAAUGGAGAAAGUUUUUGAAAAAGGUAGUGAGAAUACGCCCUUGGAGCAUGUAUUCCAAUCCAACUGUGCUCUGUUUCUGUGCAACAAGUGGGAUCUUGUUCGAAGCAGUGAAAAAGCUAAUCCCGAUAAAGUAAAGGAAGACGUAAUCAUGAAGCUGAAGAAAUGUUGGCCAGGUCUUGUUACAGAGGAUCAAGUCUUCUUUAUGUCAGUUGAGGAGGCUAAACUGGCGGCGGAAUAUGGAAGAGUUAGUGCCGACUUUGGGAACUUCAUCAAUGGUACAAGAUCUAUGAUCUUGAACAGCUGCAAGACCAGACUGGAAAUUCACUGGAGAUCGCUUUAUCAUUGUCUUUCAUUGAUUUCCUACCGGGCAACCUGUUCACUGGUAAACGCUUCUAGAAAGAAGAACAAUGUCCAAAAGAAAAUGCAAGUAAUAAGUCAUCGCUUGGAUGUUCUAAAAGGACAACACCCAGAGCAUUUGAUUGAUCUUCACAAACAUAUGGAUGAUACCGUCCAUAGGGUAGUGGAGGCGCUCAUUGAGCAUCUCAAGUCGGAUGGUGUCCGAGACAGAUUUAGUAACUGGACCCAAGAUGAAGUUCCUAAAACAUAUGAUGAAAUGAGUAAUGGCAAGAUGAAUCAGAUAUUUCAGAAGAAGCUGAAAGAGAUUAUAGAUGAAUGGGAAAAAGACCAGUUCAAGAAUGAAAAAGAAUCCUUGGUGCAACAAAUUCGGCAUUGUUUUCAUUUUCUCGAGGUUCAACCCCGCAGUGUGAGAAGCGACGUCACAGGUGGUCUUAUCACUGUUCCUGGCGUCGAUCUUCCACCAGGAGGAGUCAGCAUCAUGGGAAGAAAUUGA